AUGACAGAAGCCCAGGUUUGGUCCGACGGAGUGGUUACUGGCAGGCAAGACGCAAAUUACGACUGCUACGACUCCGCCAACAGAUGCUACUUCAUCCCACUGAUAACAUUCGAUACGCUACUCCGGCAGCUCAUUCCCAACAGUGUUCUGGUGAUGAGUGAGGGCCGGAGCGGCGAAUACGACGAUGCUACCUGCAGUUGGGCCUCCUUGACGAACCAAUAUAAGUUCGAGCAGGACUGCAUCAUUCUCGUAGAGCAUGUCGCGGAUCUUUUGGCCGUGGCUCUACGGGCCCCUAAAUUCGAAGUUGGGGAUGAGUUUCUUCAUGGAAUAAGGAUCCCCAAAAAGGAACUCAAGGCGUCAUUUCCACUCAUGUUCGCGGUACAGGUGUUUCUCGACAUUCAUCACGAAUUGGGUGCCCCUGCGGCACGAAAAGUCUUUGCGGCCAUGACGGAUGAGGCUUGCAUUAUGGAUGAAUUGCUGGCUGGCCAUCUGGAGCUCUACCAAAACAUCAAGCACAGGCAUUGGACUCCCGAGUGGGACAAGGGUCUGCAAGAUCUGAGAAGCAGUAUUGCGUUGAAUGCAAAGGAUCCGGCUCACUAG